AUGCUAGCAAAUGGUAAAAUGGCGUCUAUGGGCGAGCCGGGUGCGGCCAAUUUGCCAGCAGAGGACUCGAAUGCGUUUGAUGUGCAUCAGGAGGUGUAUAUGGCAAACACGGCAUCAUCAGGGAACCAUAUCAUAAAACGGAAGCUGACAGGAUACGUUGGAUUUGCAAAUCUCCCGAAUCAAUGUUACCGGAAAUCGAUCAAAAAAGGGUUUAUUUUCAAUAUCAUGGUGGUUGGGGAAUCGGGUCUUGGGAAGUCGACGCUGAUUAAUACUCUGUUUAAUUGCACGCUGUGCCCGCCGAAGAAUGUCAAGUCGCUGACGAAGGACCCGGAAAAAACUAUUGAAAUCAAGAGUUUGACGUCAGAAAUCGAAGAGAACGGAGUAAAGCUGAAGCUUACGGUGGUUGAUACUCCAGGGUUUGGAGACUUUGUAAACAACGACGACAGUUGGCAACCCAUCUUAGAAAAUAUCGAGAAGCGUUUUGAUGCAUAUCUUGAAGCAGAAAAUAGAGUUAGCAGAGCAAAUAUAGUGGAUAAUCGUAUACAUGCUUGUAUAUUUUUUAUCGAUCCAACAGGUCAUUCUCUCAAGCCCUUAGAAAUCGAGUUUAUGAAACGCCUUCAUUUGCGGGUCAAUCUUAUCCCCGUGAUUGCUAAAAGUGAUACUUUGACAGAGCAAGAAGUUUUACUUUUUAAGAAGCGAAUAUUAGACGACAUUGCUUAUCAUGAAAUUAAUAUUUUCAAGCCGCCAAUCUAUGAGUAUGAUGACGAGGAGACUAUGAAUGAAAACAAUGAAAUUAUUUCAAAAAUACCGUUCGCUGUUGUAGGAAGUAAUUAUGAAGUAACAACAGCUUCAGGUCAUACAGCAAGAGGCAGGAAAUAUCCUUGGGGGGUGAUUGAAGUUGAGAAUGAAAGUCACUCCGACUUUAUGAAACUGCGUCAAAUGCUUAUUCGGUCGCAUAUGGAGGAUUUAAAAGAACACACAAAUAAUGUUUUAUACGAGAACUAUAGAACUGACAAAUUAAUACAAAUGGGAAUUACACAAGAUUCUAGUGUAUUUAAGGAAGUAAACCCUGCUAUUAAACAGGAAGAGGAAAGACAGCUUCAUGAAGCUAAAUUGUUAAAAAUGGAAGCAGAAAUGAAACUCGUUUUUCAACAAAAAGUUCAAGAAAAAGAAAAUAAAUUGAAGCAAUCAGAGGAAGAAUUAUAUGCUCGACACAGAGAAAUGCGUGAUACUUUACAACAACAGCGCGCAGAACUCGAAGAAAAAAAGUCCCGUCUAGAAUCUGGGCGUUAUGUUGAAGAAAAGGCAAGAAGAAAGGGCUUUAGUUUAGGAAGAUAG